AUGGCUUCCCUAUUUCCCACCCAAUAUGCCCUCCACCAGAGCUUUGGCUCUCCUCUAAAUCAACCCAAGAAGCCCACCCCAUACCAGGCCCGAACCGAGCUCUACGGAGCUUACUCCGUGGUCGACGAUGCGAAGAACAAGGCUCAGAAGCUGAGCAAGGAGGCCCAGGUCGAGUUCGACAAGGCGAGCUCGGCGGCCCAGGCUAAAGCAGGGAAGAUAGAGCUGUACUCCGGGAAAUACUAUGCUGCCUGCACUUUUGGUGGUCUUCUAGCUUGCGGUCUCACGCACACUGCUGUCACGCCGCUGGAUCUCGUCAAGUGUCGCCGGCAGGUCGACUCCAAGCUGUACAAGAGCAAUUUCCAGGCCUGGGGUCUCAUCUACCGAGCCGAGGGCCUGCGCGGUAUUUUCACUGGUUGGAGCCCGACAUUCCUCGGAUACUCGGCGCAGGGCGCCUUCAAGUACGGCUGGUAUGAGUACUUCAAGAAGACAUACUCCGACAUGGCUGGCCCCGAGGCCGCCUACAAGUACAAGACCGGUCUCUACCUCGCCGCCUCGGCCUCGGCUGAGUUCCUUGCUGACAUCGCACUCUGCCCCUUCGAGGCUGUCAAGGUCAGAAUGCAGACGACCAUUCCAGCUGCCUACAGCGGCACCUUUGACGGGUUUGGCAAGAUCACUGGUGCAGAGGGUGUUGGUGGUCUGUACAAGGGACUGUACCCACUCUGGGGCCGCCAGAUUCCUUACACCAUGAUGAAGUUUGCCUCCUUUGAAACAAUUGUCGAGAAGAUUUACGACCGUCUCCCUGGACAGAAGAGCGAUUACGGAAAGGCCGCCCAGACUGGUGUCUCUUUCACCGGCGGUUACCUUGCCGGUAUUCUCUGCGCCAUUGUGUCACAUCCCGCCGACGUGCUGGUCAGCAAGCUCAAUGCCAACCGCGGCGCCGGUGAAGGUUUCGGUGCUGCGGUUGCCCGCAACUACAGGGAAAUCGGCUUUGGGGGUCUCUGGAACGGUCUUCCCGUCAGAAUUGUCAUGAUCGGUACCCUGACUGGCCUGCAAUGGAUGAUCUACGAUUACUUCAAGAUCUUUAUGGGUCUCCCCACCACCGGUGGUGCUGCGCCUCCGGCUGAACAGAAGUGA